AAAUAUGGUGGGCCGGCGGUUCCUCAGCGCCGUCAGGUGGUGAGGGCUGCAAGGUUGCGGCGGCGGCGGCGGCGACGGUUCCUCCUCAGUCCCGAGAAGAUGGCCGAGAGCGAGCGACACCCAGAGGCCUCAAAGGAGACCCAGCCUCCUCCGUCCCAAACGUUCAUGAUCCCCAGGAAGGAAAUCAACAUGGUUCCUGACAUGGCAAAGUGGAAGCGGUCUCAGGCGUAUGCGGACUACAUGGGCUUCAUUCUCACCUUGAACGAAGGAAUCAAGGGAAAGAAGCUGACCAGCGAAUAUAAAGUCUCGGAGCCCAUCGAAAAGCUGGUCACACUCCUCAACACGCUGGAUCGGUGGAUCGAUGAGACGCCCCCCGUGGAUCAGCCUUCUCGCUUCGGGAACAAAGCUUUCCGGACGUGGUAUGCAAAAGUGGACCAGGGGGCAGAGUCCUUGGUUGCCACUGUCGUCCCCAGACAGCAAGCUGAGGCUGUGCCCGAGGUGGCAGCGUACUUGAAAGAGUCUGUUGGCAAUUCGACUCGCAUCGACUAUGGCACAGGCCACGAAGCGGCCUUCGCUGCCUUCCUUUGCUGCCUCUGCAAAAUCGGUGUCCUCCGGCUGGACGAUCAGAUGGCCAUCGUCUUCAAGGUGUUCAACAGGUACUUAGAAGUGAUGCGGAAACUCCAGAAAACCUAUCGGAUGGAGCCAGCUGGCAGUCAAGGGGUCUGGGGUCUGGAUGACUUUCAGUUCCUCCCGUUCAUUUGGGGAAGCUCUCAGUUGAUUGAUCACCCCAACCUGGAACCUCGGCACUUUGUGGACGAGAAGGUGGUGAACGAGCACCACAAGGACUACAUGUUCCUCGAAUGCAUCCGGUUCAUCACAGAGAUGAAGACGGGCCCCUUCCCUGAGCACUCCAACCAGCUGUGGAACAUCAGCGCCGUCCCUUCGUGGUCCAAAGUCAACCAGGGGCUCAUCCGGAUGUACAAAGCCGAGUGCCUGGAGAAGUUCCCCGUCAUUCAGCACUUCAAAUUCGGCAGCCUGCUUCCUAUCCAGCCUGUCGCACCUUAAGGAGCUCUGUUGGUGAUGGGACCGCGGAAGGGGGGGGGGAGAGCCCUGGAGAACUGGGGGGGGGGGAAGGCCCCCCUUCCUAGUCACCCCAAACCACCGCUGGCCUUGAUGCUCCUUCCUUUCGGCAGGAUCCUGGCAGGACAUAACUGUCCAAGAAGACCCUGGCAUUGGCCCCAAAAAAACCAAAACAAACAAAAACAAAAAGGCAAGAGGUGGACUUGACUCCGGCCACACGAUGGUCCCCUCUUCUGCACCCCAUUUUUGUUUGCCCCAGGGUGGUUGGUGCUCUUAAGGUGGGGGGUGGGGAGGUUUGCCUCUCUGAACUGUGCUGUAUAUUUUGCUGGGGAAAUACACCUGCUUUAACCUUAGAGACAAGCUGGACGUGCUGGCAUUCUUCCCAAGGCUCCCUUCCCAAUCCUUCCACUUCUUGGCCCUGAUCCCUUUCGACAAAGAUCUCCAAACCUGGCCACUUUAAGACUUUUGGACUUCAACUCCCAGAAUUCCCCAGCCGGCGUGUGUUGCCUCCACUUGGGGAAACCACGUUUGAAGGGUUCAGGACAGACAAAGGGCAAAUUCAGAGAAAAGCAGCAAAAAAAAGCAUUAUCUCUUGGUAGGAUACAUCAAGAAAAGGUUACAGAUUUAGAGUCCCAGAUUCUGCUCAGCGCCUGGUGAAAUUGACUAGACAGGAAGGUGAAAUUGACUAACUCCUUUGUAAGAUCUAGUUCUGGAAAUUGACCUUGGGCUCGGUUUCAAUUCGGCAGGGGUCCUAGAUCUGGUGCAAUCUGCUUUUCCUUGAAUUUUGCUUCUUCCCCGUCACGAUUUGCAAAAAUAACCCACAUCUAAAUAAGAGAACGGUGGUUAGACGCGAAGCCUCUUUGCGGGGCAGAAAACGGACAAAACGGGAAACAGCUAAAACGGAAAUAUCUAUGCUGGCUGGGGAUCUCUGGGAGUUGAAAUCCAUACACCUUAAAAUUGAGAAACGCUGGAUUGAAGUUAACAAGGUUUUGCCAACUAAAACCACAGGAUCUGCGUACACAGAGCACCCCUAACAGAUCAGGGGAAGACGGUCGCACUCGCACCAAAACCUAAAGCACGCAGGCGAGGGAGUUCUGGGAAGUGACAUCCACGCAUCUUUUAAAAACCCACCAAGAUUGAGAAACCCUGCUCCACACAAUGGCAGCCUCUGAGUUGGAUGAGAAGGGGCAUCUGGUAAGCUUGAUCUGUGGCCAGAGCAGCUCCUACUCUCCAUCCCACCUGGAGGAACCCAAGAGCAACUCUGUGCGUUGAGAGAUUGGCUAAGAUUUUUCCUUUUUUCACGUGGACCAGAGAGUUCUAGAUCUCCACACAAAGGAAGGGCGAAACGCUGCACCCCAACACCAAUUUUAAUAUUGUCCAUCACUUUUGCCCACACCUUGAAAACUUUUUGGUAAAAAAACAGCCCCCACCCACCCACCCACCCGAAAAAAAUCCCAAAACACAACUCCA